AUGUCGUCAAUUGUAUAUUCAAUGCCAUUUUCUGUUAAUGUACCAUCAACAGUCACCAGUGAUAUAAAACGUCAUUUUACGGAUUCAAUUCAAGUGAUCGAUAAUCGAACUGAAGCAUCAUUUCGUGGUCGACCAUUGAACGGUGAACAACUGUCUAUUCCAAGUGAUUAUGUCGGUCUUUUGACAAAUUCGUCAGAUAUUGUCUCGUCCUUCGAUAAAUUAACGUAUUUUAAUCUGGAUUGUUCAACAUCGAAAAAUGAUUGUAUAGUUCGAAGUGUUCGAUGGCUUUCUUUAGCAAAAAUUCUUCAUGAAUGA